AGUAUAAAAGCAAGCUGUAGGCAUGGAUCAAGCAUCAUCCAACCAGCGAACGUUGUACGGUGCAGCUGAUCAGCAGUAUAUUUGGAAAGGCAAAACAUGAAGGCGUUCAUUGUGUUCUCUGUGGCCCUGGCCCUUGCCAGCGUGGGUGCAGUCGAAAACUCCAACAAGGAAAAGCGCGGACUGUGGGAGGUUGAGUCGGGACAUGACUCGUACGAAGCCUACGGCCAGCAUCAUCAACCACUGAACUAUGGAUACACCAAGAAGGAGAUCAUCACAAAGAAGGUCCCAGUUCCUUAUCCAGUAGAGGUCGAGAAGCACGUCCCAGUUCCGGUGAAGGUCCCGUACCCGGUGAAGGUCGAGAAGGAGGUCCCAUUCGUGGUUGAGAAGAAGGUCCCGGUUUACAUCGAAAAGAAGGUUCCAGUGCACGUUGACCGCCCGUACCCGGUGGAAGUGAAGGUUCCAGUUGAGGUCCCAGUUUACAAGAAGGAGUACGUCGAGGUCCCGAAGCCAUACGCAGUUCAUGUCGAGAAGCCUUAUCCAGUGUACGUGAAGCAGCCCGUCUACGUUGAGAAGCAGGUUCCAGUGACCGUCCACAUCAAGGAGCACCACAAGAAGCCGUACUGGGGUUGAAAGGAGCUUCAGUGUGUUAAGACGGGUCGAUGGAAGCUACUGACAGUUGUUGAUGAUCUUAAAUAAAUGUUAUUGUAGAAAUUAAA